GCAUGCGCGGUGCUUCGCGGUUGUUGGGGAAGAGUCCACAGCCGGAGUGAAGAGACCCCGGGCUACUGGGGUUCCCGUACGCGCCGCCCCGCCCUCUUCUCCUCCGCGCCGAAACAGCUCUUGAGGCUCCCCAGUGCCUUCCGCUCCCCGCUGCCGCUUCCCGCCGGGGCGCGACUCUUAGGGCCAAAAUGAGUCUGUUUGGAACAACCUCGGGUUUUGGAACUGGUGGAACCAGCAUGUUUGGCAGCACAACCACAGAUAAUCACAACCCUAUGAAGGAUAUUGAAGUAACAUCUUCUCCUGAUGAUAGCAUUGGUUGUCUAUCUUUUAGCCCACCAACCUUGCCUGGGAACUUUCUUAUUGCAGGAUCGUGGGCUAAUGAUGUUCGCUGCUGGGAAGUUCAAGACAAUGGACAAACCAUUCCAAAAGCCCAGCAGAUGCACACCGGGCCUGUGCUAGAUGUCUGCUGGAGUGACGAUGGGAGCAAAGUAUUUACAGCAUCGUGUGAUAAAACUGCUAAAAUGUGGGACCUCAACAGUAAUCAAGCAAUACAGAUUGCGCAGCAUGAUGCUCCUGUUAAGACCAUACAUUGGAUCAAAGCUCCGAACUACAGCUGUGUGAUGACUGGGAGCUGGGAUAAGACUUUAAAGUUUUGGGAUACUCGAUCAUCAAAUCCUAUGAUGGUUUUGCAACUCCCUGAAAGGUGUUACUGUGCUGAUGUGAUAUACCCUAUGGCCGUGGUGGCGACUGCAGAGAGGGGCCUCAUUGUCUAUCAGUUAGAGAAUCAACCCUCUGAGUUCAGGAGGAUAGAAUCUCCAUUGAAACAUCAGCAUCGAUGUGUAGCUAUUUUUAAAGACAAACAGAACAAACCAACUGGUUUUGCCCUGGGAAGUAUCGAGGGGAGAGUUGCUAUUCACUACAUCAACCCCCCAAAUCCUGCCAAAGAUAACUUUACCUUUAAAUGUCAUCGAUCUAACGGAACCAACACUUCAGCUCCUCAAGACAUCUAUGCGGUAAAUGGAAUCGCAUUCCAUCCUGUUCACGGCACCCUUGCAACUGUGGGGUCUGAUGGUAGAUUCAGCUUCUGGGACAAAGAUGCCAGAACAAAACUAAAAACUUCAGAACAGUUAGAUCAACCGAUAUCGGCUUGCUGCUUCAAUCACAAUGGAAACAUAUUUGCGUAUGCUUCCAGCUAUGACUGGUCAAAGGGACAUGAGUUUUAUAAUCCCCAAAAGAAAAAUUACAUUUUCCUACGUAAUGCAGCAGAAGAGCUAAAACCCAGGAAUAAGAAGUAGUAGUAGCCUGAGACUUCUGGGUCGUCUGGAGUCAUUCUCUCUCCACUCUGCCUCGUCUCUGUACGAAUUUGAUCCCAGCUUUGGGUUGUCAGCCACAGACAUGGAUUUCAACCCCUGGAGAAAACCAUGUCAUUGUUGAGCAGUCAAGAGCCCAGCUGUCCACGGCGACUUGCCAUCUCUCCAUUCCACUGCCUGUUGCAGAGUUUUUCUGUAACUCUGAGGGGAUUGAAGUUAUUAUAGAAGUUAGAUUUUUGAGGGCGAUGCCAGGUUAUUUUGCAGUGCUUCAUUCGGCAGUGUAUGUAUUAGAGAAUAUUGGAAAACAGUCUAUGAACCCUGUACUGUAUUUUGUAAUAAAGUAUUUUGAAGAUUGCCUA